AUGUAUAGGGAAAUAACUAUCAUAAAAAGUAUACGAACUUAUGGCAGGGUAAAAAAAUCACUUCCAUUCUUGAAGGUUUGUUGGUUAUCGUCAAAUUCUAAAAAAGACACAAUUUUUUCUUUAUCAACAGCUCCGGGAAAAGCAGGUAUUGCCGUAAUCAGGGUUUCUGGGCCACAUAGCUAUAGGACUGUUGAGGAACUGGCAAGUAAAAAAUUUGCUAUUGUUCCAAGGAAAUUAGUUGUGUGUACAUUUUUACAUCCAAAAUCUAAGGAUCCCAUCGAUAAAGGGAUGGUGGUUUACUUUCCCGGCCCACACAGUUUUACUGGGGAUGAUGUCGUGGAAUACCACAUACACGGUGGGAAAGCAGUUAUUAAUGGACUUUUAACGGCACUAAACAAUUGCUCUGUGGAAAGAAUAAGGCAAGCAGAGCCCGGAGAAUUUGCUAAAAGAGCUUUUUACAACGGAAAACUUGAUUUAACUUCUUUAGAAGGAUUAAGUGAUCUCAUCAAUUCCGAAACUGAGGCGCAGCGCAAACAAGCAUUUCGGCAGAUGACAGGAGAUCUUAAAAAUUUGUACGAUAACUGGCGACAAAGAGUUAUUGAAGCUCUCGCAUAUACGAAUGCCGUCAUUGACUUCGGCGAAGAGGAGAUGGACGUAGCAGAUACCAUUCUACCGGCAAAAAAAAUCACUCAAACUUUGCUUAACGAUAUAAAGAAUCAUCUUUACGAUGACAAGCGGGGUGUGCGCCUAAGGGAAGGUGUGCACAUAACUAUUAUGGGUCCGCCUAACUCGGGAAAAAGUUCUUUAAUGAACUGGCUAACGCAGAGAAGUACUUCUAUUGUAUCAAAUAUACCCGGAACGACUCGGGACGUAAUUGAAUCUUUUGUGGAUAUUGGCGGUUACCCUGUAGUAUUUACGGAUACUGCUGGCCUUAGGUCGACUGUAGACCUCAUAGAACAGGAAGGAAUUCGAAGAGCACUAGAGCAAGCUCGACUUAGCGACUUGAGAAUAAUCGUUCUAGACGCAAACAAUCUAAUUUCGCUAAAUAAUGUUAGUAAAUUCAAAGAGUUAUUUCAAAGGGAAGCUUUACCAUUGAAGAAUACUGAUUUCAUUUUACUAAACAAAACUGACUUAAUUCCUAAAGAAACCUCGUCACUUGAGAAGACCUUCACUGGUAUUAGCAAAGCCUAUCCCCACCAAAAAGUACUUAAAAUCUCGUGCAAAGACAAAACUAAUUUACAGCAAUUUUUGAAUCAGUUAAUAGACGAAAUUAAAACAAAAUGCGAAUCUUCUUCGCUAGUCCCAACGCAGACAAGACACCGAUUACACUUGGAAAAGUGCGAAUUUUUUCUUCAAAAGGCGCUCGAGGAAAAGGAUCUCGUGCUAUUUUCUGAAGAGCUCAAUUGCGCCCGUCAACAACUUGAGUACAUAACAGGGAGAAUCUCACUGGAAGAUGUCCUUGACCGCAUCUUCUCCGGGUUUUGUAUAGGAAAAUGACAACGUUCAACAAUGCGG